AUGGAACGACUGCAGCAAAUCGUAGCACAUCUCCAACCGUCCAAUCUCUCCACGGAGUCCAUCCUAAACACCUCCAAAGGAUUUGCCAAUCAUGUGGUGGACCAAGCAUCCCAGGUAGACUGGUCAAAUCUUCCUAGCAAAACCGCACAAUAUGUUUCAGAGAACCCGAAGAGCCUUCUCUGGGGAGCGGUGCAAGUUGGGACCUUUCUCUGCCCCGGCGUGGUUACUGGACCUCUUAUGCACGUCGCUGGGUUUACAGGCGCUGGACCAGCUGCUGGCGUGGCUCGAGGUAUGGUUCUGGCGCCGCGAGCUGCGGCCGGGGCAUGGAGAUACUUUCGGGGAUAA